CUUCCUUGUUCCACCAGAUACCACUUUCCAUACUCCUCGUGAUAGCAUUCCAUCUGGCUAGCCAUCACUGCUCAUGGCAGCCAACGUCCCUGAGCCCUCGCGGCUCCUGUCUGUGCAAAGCCAUGUCGUCAGCGGCUAUGUGGGCAAUCGCUCGGCGACAUUUCCUCUACAGCUUCUAGGCUGGGACGUAGACGUUAUUAACACUGUCCAAUUCUCCAACCACACGGGUUACGGUCGCUGGAAGGGUCUCCGCUUUGACGACUCGCACAUCUCCUCACUCUUCCAAGGUCUAGAGGAGAAUGGUCUGCUGAAGCAAAGUCGAAUGCUGUCUGGCUACAUGCCAUCGCCUUCUGUCGUUCAGGCCGUACUGGAGGCAGUAGAGAGGAUAAGAGAGGUGAAUCCUGAGCUCAUCUACCUUUGCGAUCCUGUGAUGGGCGAUAUGGGAAGGGGGAUGUAUGUGGAUAAGGAGGUACUGCCGGUGUAUAGGAGCAUGCUGAGGUAUACUACCAUUAUCACGCCGAAUCAAUUCGAAGCUCAAAUUCUUGCAGACGAAGAGAUCACCUCCAUCCCUUCGCUCCUGUCCGUCCUGCAAUCUCUCCACACCCAAGGAGCGAACCACGUCCUGAUCACCUCCGUCUCCCUCUCCGACACCGACAUCCUCAAGAUCGGUGCCACACCUUCCUCCGAGCCAAGCAUGGUUCUCGUGGGCUCGUCCCGCCCCUCAACAGACACGCCCCUCAAGCCGUGGUUCAUCCAAUUCCCAGAAGUGCGAGGCUACUUCAGCGGCGUGGGGGACCUCUUUGCUGCGAUGACUUUGGGCCGGUUCCAAAACCUCACAGCGCAGGACGUGGAAGCAGAAACGAGCGUCACCCCCAUCGCUCGAGCUGCCGAGCUGGCAGUGGCCGUCGUGCAAGCCGUUCUCGCCAAGACGCAGAAGAGCAUGGACGCCUUGGAGCAGGAAGUGACAGAGGGUAGUAGUGGGGACGAUGCCCAGGCGAGGGUGGAUAGGAUGCGUGGACGGGAGCUCAAGAUCAUUCAGAGCAAGAGGGAGAUUGAGAACCCCGAGGUGGCUUACCAGGCGAAAUUCUUCAAGGAGACUUCCGGAUAGAUGUGUAGAGGUGAUUCUUUAUAGACUUUGCGUUCGCUUUUUUCUUCAAUGUACAAUACCCAUCAAAUUCCCUCCCAUCCAGAUACUUUGUUUCCUUUGUCACCGCCAGUUCUUCCCGCCUCACCUUAUCCCCCGCCCAUCUCGCUCUAAACACCCGCCCUGCUCAGCCAGUCACACCAAAUCCCGUCCUCUGCACCUCUCUCACUUUUCUCGCAACCCAAAACUCACACUGAUACUCAUACGUGAGCAUCGAAUUUGCAUGGCCCGUAUAGGACUGGCGUGGUAGGGUACGACGCUCUUGGAUUGUAAAGCCGAGCUUCUCGAUUAGGUCUAGGACUUCCUCGAGGG